GGAAGACGCGCCGUUGGGAGCGGGUAGCUGUCAGGCAGUUCCUGCUCUACCGACCCAGCGCGGAGGGGAGUAGUCCUUUGUGGGAUCGAGCUGACUCCUCAUCGCUCACACCUGCGACUGUGCUGAGGUGAGAAAAAGCUUGGAGCGUGGGGUGCUCUUAGGCAGCCUAGGGGUGUAAGCAGACAGAUGUGGAUGAUUGCCUCAUGGCCGCAGAUAAACCAGUUCAUUCAUCCAAUGUUAAAUGUAACUUGGACACAUUCUUUAGCUCUGGCACAUGAGCGUAUGCACUGCCUGCCUCCCCUUUUCAUACUUCUGCAUUCAGUGUGAGAGAUUACACACAAGAUGGAUGACUCAUCAGUGGGAUGGCUAUUCAGUCAAAAGAAAGGUGCUUGUGUUAGACAAGAACUUCCACAUUCUUGGGAGAGAUCUACUGUACUUGAAAACUUACAGAAAACUUUGUAGCUUAUAUUCAUCCCAGCAUUCUUGUACCUGAACUCCUCUUGCUUUUGAAAUGAAGAGAGUAAGGCAGACAGAUCCAGUUCUUCAAAAACUGCAGAGAAGAAAAAAGCAAAAAAAUGUUUACUGCAAAACGUCUCCUCUCCAUGCUUUGGUAGACUGGGGGAUCCUGCCGCACCACGUAGUCUUGCAUAUAUUUCAGUUCCUCCCUCUUGUGGAUCGUGCUCGAGCAUCUUCUGUUUGUCGAAGAUGGAAUGAAGUGUUUCAUAUCCCUGAACUCUGGAGAAAGUUUGAAUUUGAGCUCAAUCAACCUGCUACUUCAUACCUCAAAUCUACUCAUCCAGAUCUCAUCCAGCAGAUCAUUAAGAAGCAUGCUAACCAUUUGCAGUAUGUCAGCUUCAAGGUGGACAGUAGCACUGAGUCUGCAGAAGCUGCCUGCGACAUCCUUUCCCAGCUGGUGAAUUGUUCUAUCAAGACCCUUGGCUUGAUUUCCACAGCAAAGCCAAGUUUCAUGAAUGUUUCAAAGGCUCACUUUGUAUCAGCGUUGACAGUAGUAUUUGUCAAUUCAAAGUCAUUAUCCUCCAUCAAGAUUGAAGACACACCAGUGGAUGAUCCAUCUUUGAAAGUCCUUGUUGCUAACAAUAGCGAUACUUUAAAAUUGCUGAAAAUGAGCAGCUGUCCUCAUGUGUCACCUGCUGGAAUUCUAUGUGUUGCAGACCAGUGUCAUGGCCUUAGGGAGCUUGCUCUUAACUACUACUUACUAAGUGAUGACCUGUUGCUGGCUCUCUCCAGUGAGAAGCACGUUAAUCUUGAACAUCUCCGUAUAGAUGUUGUGAGUGAGAAUCCUGGGCAAGUUGAAUUUCACACCAUCAAAAAACAAAGCUGGGAUGCCCUUCUCAAACACUCCCCAAAAGUGAAUAUUGUGAUGUAUUUCUACCUUUAUGAGGAAGAGUUUGAUGCAUUUUUCAGGGAGGAAACUCCCGUAACUCAUCUUUACUUUGGUCGUGCAGUUAGCAAAUCAAUGCUUGGUCGUAUUGGAAUGAACUGCCCGAGGCUGAUUGAAUUGGUUGUAUGCGCGAAUGGCCUUCAACCACUGGAUGAUGAAUUAAUUUGCAUUGCUGAACGCUGUAAGAAUCUAACUGCCAUGGGGCUUGGUGAAUGUGAAGUGACUUGUCGAGGCUUCAUUGAAUUUGUAAAGAUGUGUGGAGGCCGGCUUACCCAGCUGUCUAUUAUGGAGGAAGUGCUGAUUCCAGACAGUGACUACAAUCUGGAUCAAAUUCAUUCUGAAGUUUCCAAGCACCUGGGAAGAAUGUGGUUCCCUGAUAUGAUGCCAACAUGGUAAACAGUCUGUAGGACAAAAGGCCAAAAUGGCCAAAACUGGCUGUGCAGGGCAUUGCCAUCUAUGCAAAUAAGGAAUUGUAAAUAUGAUAUCAAAUGAUGUUCCUCAAUUAAUUGCAUAGUGACAGGAUUAUGGCACAUUAAAAAUUGAGUAAAAUAUACUUAACAUUCUACCAACUGGAAGUAUGUUUAUAGGGUAACAUGCGCUUUACUGUAUCCUCCAGUUAAUAGGAACAUUGUUUAAAAACUUUGUUUAGUACAGGGUACUACAGUAUUAGUAUUUCUGGUGUGACUAAACAGUUUGGCCUUAGAAAUCUUUGCCUAAUGGUUGUUUGAAACUUUCAGUUAAGUUCUACAUCUCCUGUUUCUUUACCACUUUUUAAAAUUAAUGUACAAACUUGUAUACAUGAUGAAACCUGAAUGUAUUAUUAUUGUGGAGAACAAGUUUAUGCUUCUGCAGGACAACUGUGUAAAUGCACUAAUAUUUUUAGUCAUUACCAGGUUGAAGAGUUGCUCUUAGUUAUGCUGUAGUACCAGUAAGAAAGUGAUGAUCAGGAUAUACCCUACAGUUCAUGUUGAUUCUGAUGACUAACAAUGAAUAGAGGUACUGCAGCUAUCAUCCAGAUAGUAUCCAGUUGCAUUGAAGAAUACAUUCUCCUUACCACUGCCUAUAAACCAAGGUGAAAUAGGCAGAUUGUAUGGGGGAGAACAACAAGGCUACUUACUCUGAUCUUGCCUAUAUGCCACACUUCUAAUUAAUUGAUAUUUUCCUUCUGAACCAUCCCCGAUAGAGAAUCCUUAUCCAUUCCUGCAAUGGAAAUAGAAUUGGGAAGGGACAGGCACUUACUGUAUAACAUUAACAUUCCGUAAGAAUCAUGCCUCUGCAGUACAACAGUUCUUUCUGAAUUUUCAAAUCAAAAAGAUAAUGAUCUUAUUAAAUUCAUACAUUUGUAGGGACACCCCCCCCCACCUUUCAUCUUUGUAAUUUUUUGGCUGGCUAAAACAUUAGUUUCAUCAGACUAGGCUUCCGGGCACUCAAACAACCACAGAUGUUAUGAAAAUAGUUCUUCUUUCAUCAAUAUGUUUGUGAUAGUGAUAGGUAACUUGUUCUUGUUGCAGUUACCUCUUGGAUAAUGUCUAUAAUUUUGCUUUAAAAUUCAGGUAUUGAAACCAGCCUUUAAAAGUGUGGGGGCCUGAUUUCUUUGUUUUUUUGCUGUAUAAAGGAUUAGUGCUUCUGAUCUGAUUCAUUUGUUUCUUUUUCUUGGGAAUGGUGCAUGUAUCUAUAACUCCAAAUACAGGAGGACAAACAUGUUUUUCCUCCUCACCUUAGGUCUAAUACAGUUUGCAGGUGUCACAGCAGUACUGCAUAGUUUGAGCUAGUGUGGGUAUAGUUUAACUGUCCUUACUUCAGUCUGGAACCAAUAUCUGUCACAGUUGGCGAGCACACAGAAGUUUCACAUUAAAGCAGACCAACAGAAGCAGGUAGUGAGGCAGAAAGCUUACUUUCAGUCCUAAGGAAGAGCAGUCCAGUGCAAGCCAUAAAAGCUGGGCAAAAGACAGGUCAGUCAAUCCAGUCCAGGUCCACAAUACCAGACGUUCAGUCCAAGAGCAGGUGCUGCAGACAUUGUCAGGCUGUUCCCAUUGUCAGGCCUUUUGUAAGCCUGCAUUCCUGCUCAGUUGGAAUCCUGAGCUAACUCACAAUUAUCCCUUUGAUGUCUCUGCACCUCCAAAUGUCUUUUAGCAUGGAGUGCCUGACGGCCCCAAUGUCAGAGCUGCCUCAUGGAAUCAGGUGAGCCGGGGCGGGGGGGGACUGCCUGUCCUGUCCUCUUGUUCUUGGCUUGGGCCAGCACUGUCCUCCACCUGUGUGACUUCUGGCUACUCAUGGGACUCAACCAACUGUGGCUCUGGAGAUUCAGCCAGCUUAGACUCUGAUGAAGCUGGGUUGUCAUGCCAGGAUUCCUCAUCCGGCUGGCUGGCUGCUGAGGAGUCCGCGACAAUAUCCUUCUUUCCCAAAAUGCCCUCUCUAAAAAGAGCCCUCUGGGGGUGGGCGGUAUAAAAGUCGAAGGAAUAAAUAAAAAUGUUUGUCCACAUUGCCAUUGUGCCUGCUCUGUCGUGGAGCCUACUAAAGUAGAUGCAUGUGUCAUGUGUUGGGGUCAGCUUCAAUUUCAGCUGAAUCAGGAGGUAAAGUUUUCCCAGAACUGUACCGUUAAAAACUGCACAUGUGAAGUAUUGUUUAAAUACUCUGGUAUGGUGAAAAAAAGACUUGGUUUUUACACCUCACAUUUUCUUAACAUUUAAGAAGUCUCAAAGCUGUUCACAAUUUCCCUCUCUUCCCCUCUCUACAACAGUCAUCUUGUGAGGUAGGCGGGGCUGAGAGAGUUCUGAAAGAACUCUGACUGGCCCAAGGUCAUCCAGCAAGCUUCACAUGGAAGAGUAAGGCAAUAAACCCAAUUCAUCAGAUUAGAAUCCACUGCUCUUAACUAUUCUACCACAUGCGAGAGUGUCAGUCUGGUCUUCACUGGGAUAUUGUUUUCUAUAAACAAGAACAUUGCUUGGAUGGAGGAGCAUAUAAAACCUAAAAACACUUCUCUCGAUUAACCACUUACUUUAAAAAUCUAGUGUUGAUUAGCUAUGGGGUUAGCAUAUCUUCUUCAUAGUUACCAUUGAAACAAAGCUGCAAAUAAUUGCAGUUUAAUAUAAAAAUCAAAUUGUUUUUUAAAAAAACACUGUUCUAAUACAGUAGUAUCUCAGUAUGUGGACAGUAAAUUAGUACUGCUGACAUUACACCAUGCAAACUUUUGAUCAGAAAAUGAAAUUAACUAAUGACAUUAAAAUUAUAUUAUGAAUUUUCCAUUGAGAUGUAAGGUUUUUAAGAGUUUUGUUGUCUUGCUUGUGUAAACAGUAUCCAAUUUGGUUGCAAAAACUUUGGCUUAACAGCAGGUAGUGGUUAAGAUGACACAAAAAUCGUUAUCUCAGUUCACCUUAACUUGCAAAGAUCUUAGUUCUUCAUGUAGCAAUCAGCUACAUGGCUAGAACUGAGUGGGCCAAAGGAUUUUGCAAAUAAAAAAAUCCAGUUAUGAAUCUUUACACUAUAACAGUUAGCUGACUGACACUGUGGGGAGAAUAAAGACAAACUUAGAUAACUUGACAGGGAAAGAAUGCUGAGGUGGCAAUAUGACCCCCGGGUGUAAGUGCCCCUUAUGCCAGCAUUUAUGCCGGAACAGGGUCUUCACUUUACAUUAAAUUUAUAUUCUGCUUUACUCCAGCAAGUUGAGCUCAUGGUGGUGAACAACAAUAACAACAUAUAAUAUAAAAUACAACUAAUAAAAUUGCAGUCAUCAACCCCCUACUAUAAUCCAAACAUCAGUAAUUUAAAUAUCUACGAACACAAAAAACACCUCUGGUACAGAAUAUGGCGCUGGAUGGCUGUGCAUGGCUUUGCUCUCACUUUGCCAAGCACAAAAACCCAAGUGUGCUGCUCUGGAAAGGGCUGAAUAAGCCUCUCCAGUUUAAGGAGAGAUUCAGAGAUGCCGCAUGUACUCUUAAAACGAUAUCCUCUAGACAGGAGCACGUGGUAACACUGUCGUCUGUUGUUUAGAAACAGGUUUGCAAUAAUCUUUUCCAACUUGAGCUGUUGACCUCUUCUUGGAAGGAAACAUCCAAGCUAUGUAUCCUUUAUGGAUGGAAUGAAUAUAUAAAGAAAUUGAAAGAUAAGUCCAUAGCUUGCUGCUGAUAAGCCCAACAAAAAUCAGGAGAUCUUAUUAGGAGGUAUAAAGGAAGAGCAAGUGCAGAAUGUAGGAAAAGAGAUUAAAUAAGGCUAUACUAAAAGUAUUCCCAGAGGUGAAGGCAUCAGAGUGAGAGAACUGUUUUAAGACAAAAAAAAAAAAUCCAGAUCUUCGUCCCCUCUCAGUUGGCUGGUUGCCAAAACAAAACCAGAAAAGGAAAAAUAUUAGAAAUACAUCAGCAACCAGAGAGAUAGAGGAAUUUGAUCCCUGCAUUAAACUACUAAAAAUUUUUGGGAAACUCUGGCAACGAUGACAUCUAGUGGACAAUGGCAUCUACUGCAAAGGGAUUUGUGUCCCUUAAAAUAGGGGAGGUGGCCACAAAUUUUAAAAGUGUAUCUGCCAGUAUGCUAAACCUCAGAGCAGAAAUACUCUCUGCAAGACUCUGUUAAUAACAAUAUUCCCAAAAUGAUGUCUAAACUUAUAAAGGAUAUUAAAGAAAUAAAGUUGAAUUCCAAAAAAUAGCAGUAGUAGAUGAGAAGGUGGAAAAGACCAAACAUGAAGUGAAAAAUUUGAAACAAGAUGUUGACUGUGUACAAGCAGAGUUUAAAAUAUGAUUUAAUCAUUCUUCAACUGGAAUAUCAAAUCAAAUAGGUCUUGAGACUUAGAAAGCUACUAGAGGAUCCAAAUUCAGAAAAAGAGGAGUUGAACAAGAAGAUUGCCUCAGUUCUGGCCAAUCAUUUGAAGAUAAAAGAAGAAGAAAUGGUGUCAAAGAUUGAAAAAGAUCUAUAGAGUCAUGAUGUCAUGACUGCUCUCCUUAAACGUGGGUCAGGAUUUUGAACGCACACACAACUCAGGGGAAAAAAAUUGCUUUUAAAACAUAUUUCUGAAGUUUAUUGAACUCAGUGCCAUUCAACAAACUAUAGUAAGCUGGCAUACUAUGCAUACAAUCAGUGGAAUAAGAGAAAAUAAAGACAAGACUAUUGAACCAACUAAAAUCAAAAUAUAAAAUUUAUCCAUGACUGCUUAGUGGUUAUAACAAAAAGCAAGCAAGUCUUAUUGUCAAAAAAGACAGACUCUAGCUGGAAUGAGGUAGCAUUGUAUAGUAUCAGCAGUUACAGGCAGGAAGAAGCAAAAAAAAGCACCGCUAUUACAAUAUUGAAAAGCAGAUAUAGAGAAAUUACAUAUCAGGUGAUCUCAGCGAACCAAUCACAAAUUGAUGCCAAUUAAUUAAGGCAGUUGGUAUGAUUCCUCAUUCUUAUCAGGUGUUGUGUCUGAAGGUUUAUUGAAGUUUCAACCGUUAGCAAAACUUUACGCAGCUGGGCCAAGACCUUCAAUUAACCGCUACUCGGUACCAGGAUGGAAGAGCUGGUGGGAAGCCAAAGAUAGGCAAUUAUUUUCGAGAACUGUUUCAUGGAAAACUUACAACAGAAGGGCUGCGAUUGAGCUACUACAAAGUUCACAACAAAAUGGCUGUGGUAAAGCUAAUACAGAUACUUUCUCUACAGAAACUAAGGCCCCUUCCACACAUGCAGAAUAAUGCACUUUCAAUCCACUUCCACAACUGUUUGCAAGUGGACUAUGCUAUUCUGCACAGCUGCAAAGUGAAUUGAAAGCGGAUUGAAAGUGCAUUAUUCCGCAUGUGCAUUCCUAGGUUAGGAGUUUUUUUCCUUUGUUUCAAAUUGCCUCAAACUGUAAGUUGAUAAAUUAGAAAAGGUUUUUAAAAAUGAGUAACCUAUGUUGGACUUGAGGUUUAAUAAACAAUGAAAUAUGUUAUGGAUAAAAUUGACAGCAGGGUAUGGCUGGAAAGUCAGUUAGUUAUAUAUAGUCUAUGUUGUUUAUGUAGAACAAGCCUUUAUUGUGUAAGUAGAAUAGGUUGGCUGGAUCACCUUUAUUUUUUCCCUUCUAUGUUAGUUUUGUUGUAGUAAAAAAAUGAAUAAAAAUGAUUUUUAAAAA